AUGCGUGAAGACCCUUCGUGGCAGUCAAAACCACGUGGUUGCCGCCUACGCUUUGGCUUGGUUGAACAAGAAACUGCCGAUGAUGGUGACAGUGAUGAUGAUGAUGAAGAUGAGGGUGCGGACGAGGACGACUGGGUGACCUGGGAGAGGCGGAAAAUCGAUGGGAAAAUCAGGCAGAGGGCGGACCUAACGUCAGUUGACCCAUGCGUCUGUCUAGAUGACAAUGGAGUUGGCACAACAUAUUUGCUAAGCUUGGGUCUGCUGAUCAAGACGCUUCCCGACGGCCACGUGGUUCAGGUUACGGUGGAAGAAAACACAAAGAAGACCCGGGUGCAGAUGCCCCCAACAUUGCAUCGCGACAACUUUGUCACGCUCGCCAAGGUGUUCAGCCUCAUGGCUAUGGCGCUGGAACGCAUCGACUUCCUCGGCGUUCAUGAAGAGAUGGAACAACUACUCGAGAAAGCCAAUGCGAAGAUUCAGAACCAGCUCCUACGAAUUCUGGCGACCAUGACCAAUGACACUGAGUUGCAGAUCGCGGCGCCAGUGUUACCGUUCCUACCUCUCGAUCAGUUGUGUGGAGAUGGCCAGGUCCUCACUCUAGAGCAGUUACAACACUCAGUGUUCCGAACCACGCCGCAUUAUGCCAUAGCUCCAAGGGACAGUUUCCAUCGAGGCUCAUGCGGUUGCUUGUUUCCUGGAGGGCGGGCUGAGACAAACGAAGAGUCGGAGGUGCCAGAAGCGAAGAUAAUUCCUCCCCGAUUUUACGAUGCCCAUCGGAGGAAUGAGAAAGAUCUCAAAGACAAGAUCGUGGCUGUGUCUCCCGACAGCUAUGUAGCGCUUUCGUACCCUUGGAUUCAAUACGGGUCUGAGGACUUGGAAAGUAUCAUCGCAACAGCUCACAGUGUGCUGAAGCACCGAUACUACUGGGUCGAUCGGUGGUGCAUAGACCAAGAGAGCUAUGAGGAUAAGGAAAGAGAGGUACCAAAGAUGAAGGACUACUACUCCAACGCUGUUUCCACAUUGGUUCUUCCAGGAAUGGCAUUCCCUAUCGAGCUCGCUCAAUUAAAGACCGUUGGUUCCAAGGUUCAACUAUACGAUGCAGAUUUGACUCAGAAGGUCAAGCAGAUCUGGGAGAAGUGUCAGUGGAAGCAGCGCUGCUGGACAUUGCAGGAAACAGUGAUGAGUAAAGAAUGCAUUUUCUGGAGUGGCCAUGAUGACGCUCCCUUCAUUGAUUUCAUCAUUGCUCAGCAGGUCGUUGUCAAUCUCGGACUCAACGAACGAAUCUAUCUACCAAGAUCAAUUGUUAGAUGUUCCAGCCAUGGCACUGUGCUUGAUGCGAACGCCUGCAUGCGCCCUUUAGCAGCCCUUCUCGACAAGCUGCGUGGUCGAGAGGCUACAAUGGAGUUGGAUGAAUACUACGGUAUAUUCUCCAUGGCAUUAGGCCAGCUUCCUGUGGUGGAUUAUAAGAUCGAUAUCUCUACACUUCUGGCCAGGAUGGUGAACUGUGGUGCUUUAGGUGCAAAUCUGCUCUUGACAAGCACCGAGCAAGGCUCUGUCAUGAGUGCCGCGAAGGGUAGUUGGAUGCCUCGCAGAUGCAUCCAGCGAGAGCACUCGUUGAUGGGUGGUGAAGUCAACGCGUUACAACCCAGUAUCUCCAACGAUGCGAUGGUCUUUCAGGGUUUCUCCGUUGACAUAGAAAAUGGGAAUGACGGGCGCGACCAUUUUGCUAUGGGUACCCAGGUAAAAAUGGUGUACCUCCGUCCGAACAGUGGACGUGGAGAUGAGAUUAUGGAAGUGCACAUAAGUGCUAUGUUAACUCGUACCUUGGAGAGAGCUCGAAACUACAUUCUACUAGCAGCAGCUGACUGGCGAUAUGGAGAAUCUACUAGUGGGUUACUACUUCUAUCGACUGAAGAGCAGAGCCCUGGAAUACAUUGUCUAGUAGAUGCUGGGGUGGUAGACAACCUUACAACAACGUUUCUCCGAAACGGGAACAUGGGAUCAGGUCAGGAAUUCCAUCUGGUUUAG